AGACAGUCUGUUUCCCGUUCCCCUUCCCAACCUUUUCUUUUUUUUUUUUGCUCCGCAACUGCUUUGGCAAAAAGAAGGACAGAGACGUUUUUGUCAGUAGAAACAUUGCUCUUUUUCUCUUCUUCUCUCAAUCUGUGUAAUCCAUUUGUCAACCGUCACCACCACCGUCAGCAACAGCCAGCCUAUUUACUUCCAACAGCCCCCCUUACUUUUUUUUCUUUUUGUUUCUCUUUCCCCCCCCUCCAUAACAAAUCAAAAAGUAGCCCACCAUUACGUUCAACACUCCGAGCCAGUCUAUUCCCGUCAAAAAGUCCAGAUUAACUCUCAUGGAUAUUUGCGGACCCGAAGAUCUCUCACCACCUGCCACACCACCGAGCUUCUUUGCGUCGGCUUCCUCCUCCUCCUCCUCAUCAUCAAAACAACCCAGCACAAGCAACCCAAACAACAAUCACAACAACAGUAACAACAGCAACAACAACAACAAUCCUAACAAACGACCCACUUCACGUCGCCUCUUGUCUGAAACGAAUCCAGCCCACCUGGCCAACUUUUUCGACGACGAGCAGCUCGACCAUAUCCGACACUUGAAAUCGUCGUUCCAGCAGUUGACACCCCAACAAAAGCAGUUUUUGCUGUAUGAGAUAAUCAACUGCUGCGACAGCUCACAGCUCACCUACCUCAACAGCCUGAUUGCACCCCGUUUGAAGAUUGACUUUUUGAAAGAGUUGCCCAUCGAGGUGUCGUUGCAUGUGCUCUCCUUUAUUGACGACCCCAAGACACUGGCAAGAGCUGCGUGCGUCUCCACGUUCUGGAACUCCCUUUUGCGAGACGAGGCAACAUGGAAGUCGCUGUGUAUGAAGCACCAGUACCGACGACGGAACUCGAGUAUAUGCGGUGGAGAGUUGCUGGACCCGCCCUCGCAGCGACUGGACUUCUCGUACAGGGAGUACUUUAAGCGCAAAUACAACAUCGCUGCAGCCUGGGCGCACGGUGGCGAUGUCCAGGUGGUCGAAGAUGGAUUCGGCGAAGAGCUGGUCACGUCACUGCAGUUUGAUGAAAAGUACAUUGUCGUUGGCUGCGACAACCAUCGCAUCGAGGUGUUUGAUACCCAGACAGCACGCAAAGUCCGAACGCUUGAAGGGCAUGAAGGAGGCGUAUGGGCUUUGCAGUUUAAAGGAGGUGAUAAGCAUGACCCGGAGCGUGUGCUUGUAUCCGGCGGCUGUGAUCGUGACGUUCGCGUGUGGGAUCUGAACAACGGACGAUUAAGACAUGUCUUGCGUGGCCACACCUCGACGGUCCGAUGCUUGAAGAUGAAGGACAAGCGUAUUGCAGUGACGGGAAGCCGAGACGCCACAAUGCGCGUGUGGGAUAUCCAACGGGGCGUGCUCUUGCAUGUCCUGGUGGGCCACCAAGCCAGCGUGCGGUGCUUGGACAUUUGCGGCAACAUGGUUGCAUCCGGAUCAUACGAUUCCACAGCACGCCUGUGGGAUAUGCGGACGGGCCGAUGUCUGCAUGUGCUUGUGGGCCACUAUUCGCAAAUCUACGCCAUUGCCUUUGACGGCCAAAAGGUGGUGACAGGCAGUCUGGAUUCCAACAUUCGGGUCUUCUGUGCGUCGACCGGUCAGUGCCUGAAAACCUUACAGGGCCACACAUCAUUGGUCGGCCAGCUGCAGCUCAAUGGCAACUCGUUGGUCUCUGGCGGCAGCGACGGCUGUUUGCGUGUCUGGGAUCUCCAGACGUACGAAUGCGUGCAACAAAUCUCGGCACACGACAAUUCGGUGACUUGCUUGCAGUUUGACGAUCGUCGUAUGGUCAGUGCGGGCAAUGACGGCCGCAUCAAGCUGUGGGAUAUUCGACAGGGCCGCUUGAUCCGCAGCUUCUCACAGCCUGCCAAGACUGUGUGGAAGAUCCAGUUUAACGACACAAAGGCGGUGGUGUUGAUGCAGCGACGGCAGGCGGAUAAUCCGGAGCAAAACAAGACGGUGAUGGAGGUACACAACUUUGACCUUGACCAGCCACCGCAUCUCCUGCAACGACAACAGCAUCAGCACCACCAUCAUCAUCAUCAUAAUAACCACCACCACCACCACCAUCCUCAUCAUCCCCACAAUCCGCAUCGUACGACAGAGGCCGUGCCGACAUCUUCUUCUUCUGCAUCCUUCUCCUCACUCUCAUCCUCCUCUGCCACCAUGAUGGAUACCGACGAGCCAUUAUAAUCCUCACCCAUCGUCUCACAUAUUUAUUCCCCAUAAUUUCAAUGCUUUUUCUUUUCAUCUCUCCAAUUUGCUUCAUUCAUAACUCUCUUUUCUCUCUCUUUUUCUUCCCCCAGUCUUUUUCCAUUCAUGUUGCCCAUCUCCACGCACUCUUUCUUGUAUACACACAUCCUUGUCAGAGUAAUUGAACUGUUUUGUUGGGCAAAAAAUUCUGUAUACUGUAUUCUCAAUAAACCUUUUUUUUUUCUUUCUUUUUGAUUUUUGACGCAUCAUAAAAA